AGGUGUCUCCUGAAUUCUCACUAUGUCUGAUGGGGACUAUGAUUACCUCAUAAAAUUUCUAGCGCUCGGUGAUUCUGGAGUAGGAAAGACCAGCCUUCUUUACCAGUAUACGGAUGGAAAAUUUAAUUCCAAGUUUAUCACAACGGUGGGCAUUGACUUUCGGGAAAAGAGAGUGGUGUAUAGACCCAAUGGGCCAGAUGGCGUUGGUGGCAGAGGACAACGGAUCCAUCUUCAGCUCUGGGAUACUGCAGGGCAGGAGAGGUUUCGUAGCCUGACAACAGCUUUCUUCAGAGAUGCCAUGGGGUUUCUUCUACUCUUUGACCUGACAAAUGAGCAAAGCUUUCUGAAUGUCAGGAACUGGAUAAGUCAGCUUCAAAUGCAUGCGUAUUGUGAAAACCCUGACAUUGUGUUAUGUGGAAACAAGAGUGAUCUGGAAGACCAAAGAAUGGUGAAAGAAGAAGAGGCUAAGGAACUUGCAGAAAAAUAUGGGAUACCGUAUUUUGAAACCAGUGCAGCUAACGGGAAUAACGUAAGCAAAGCCAUAGAAACUCUGCUCGACCUCAUCAUGAAGCGCAUGGAGCGGUGCGUGGAUAAAUCCUGGAUCCCAGAAGGGGUAGUGCGCUCCAACGGGCACAGCUCUACAGAACAGCUGAGUGAGGAGCAAGAAAAAGGCAAAUGCGCCUGUUAACUCAGUUACAAUUAAGUUUAAUGUAUAUGCUGGAGUGUAGUACAGUUGCAGCUUAACUGUUUAACUUAUGGACAAAUCACACAUGUAGUUAUUUAAUG